AUGCGAUGUCGCAUCGCUACCGCUGCGCAUUGCCCCGGUGAAAUUAAGCAGUUCACUAGCGAAGAAUUUUUGAAAAAGAAGAAGCUCGGUGCGCAACAUGCGUACACAUACGAUGACCUCGUCAUCAGCUGCACCUACAACGCUCAGUCUUGCAAUGUGACGGAUUUUCAAGAGUUCUACGAUCCGACUUACGGUGUCUGUCAUAUGUUCAACUUUGAUGGAACCAAGAAUUCGUCGAGAGCAGGACCUCUCUACGGUCUUCGAAUGGUGAUCCGAACUGAUCAGGCAAAGUACCUGCCGUGGACAGAAACUGCUGGAGUCAUUAUGUCCAUUCAUGGCAAGGUUUGA